GAGGACUGACUCGUAGGACGCGUCCCGAGGCCAAGGACACGGAGGCGCCCGGCCCCGCCCACCGCGCUCCGGCGACGCACGCACCAACGUUCCGAAGCCACUUGUGACCGAGCGCGCAGGCGCGUUGGCUCGCAGACCCGCUGGCUGCGCAGCGGGCCGCGGAGCGCUGGGCGCGUUUCUGGCCGGGCGGCGGACCGUGAGCACCGGCGCGGCGGCGCCUGCGCAGAGCGCGCACGGUCCGCGGGCGGCGCGGGCGAUGGAGCCGGGGGGCUCCCUGGCAGCGGCGCGGGACGAGGGCGAACCGGAGGGGAAGCGGCGGCGGCUUCUGUGCGAGGACUUCGCGUCGGUGGCGCGCUGCGACGCCGGCGUGGCCCAGUGCUACCUGGCCGAGAACGACUGGGAGAUGGAAAGAGCGCUGAACGCCUACUUCGAGCCGCCGGUGGAGGACCGCGCCGAGGACAGCCCUGGGGUCGCCGCGGAGCCCCAGGCCUGUGCUCUGUCCCCAGUUCCUGCUCUAUUGCUCGUGGAAUCAAGUCCAUUUGCCUUCGUUGACCUAACCAGUGAAGAAACAACUGAUUCCACGAGUUCAAAAAUCAACCCGUCUGAAAAUACUCAGCAAGAAGAUGGCAGCAUGUUCUCUCUCAUUACCUGGAAUAUUGAUGGGUUGGAUCUGAACAGCCUGCAGGAGAGGGCUCGUGGGGUGUGUUCCUACUUAACUUUGUACAACCCAGAUGUAAUAUUUCUACAGGAGGUCAUUCCCCCAUAUUAUAGCUAUCUAAAGAAGAGAACAAGGAAUUACGAGAUUAUUACAGGUCAUGAAGAAGGAUAUUUCACAGCUAUAAUGUUGAAGAAAUCAAGAGUGAAAUUAAAAAGCCAAGAGAUUGUUCCUUUUCCAAGUACCAAAAUGAUGAGAAACCUUUUGUGUGUGCAUGUGAGUUUGUCUGGAAAUGACCUUUAUCUUAUGACUUCCCAUUUGGAGAGCACCAGAGGGCAUGCCAAGGAACGAAUAAGUCAGUUAAAAAUGGUUUUAAAGAAAAUGCAAGAGGCUCCAGAGUCAGCCACGGUUAUAUUUGCAGGAGAUACAAAUUUACGGGAUCAAGAAGUUACUAAAUGUGGCGGGUUACCUGACAACAUCUUGGAUGUCUGGGAGUUUUUGGGCAAACCUAAGCAUUGCCAGUACACAUGGGACACACAGAUGAACUCUAAUCUUGGAAUAUCUGCCACUUGUAAGCUUCGUUUUGAUCGGAUAUUUUUCAGAGCAGCAGCAGAAGAAGGCCACAUUGUUCCCCGAAGUCUGGACCUCCUUGGGUUGGAGAAGCUGGACUGUGGUAGAUUUCCUAGUGAUCACUGGGGUCUUCUGUGCAACUUAGAUGUGAUCUUGUGAGAUGUUUUCAAAUGCGGAUGUAAAUGUUUUGAGCAGUCUUCUGAAUUUUUGCAGGUUCCAUUUCCACCUAUCUGGAAAGGUAGGUUUCAUAUAGAGGAAUUAAUAUACUGGAAAAUGGUUUCAGGGGGAAAAAAAAAGGAUUUUAUCAUAUAGAUUAUGUUUUCAGGAUUCCAAGUUAAAUAUUAAUGUCUGUUGAAAGCAUGCGUGUGUUCAUCUGUGAGGCCGUUUAGGGGAGGGCCCAGAUCCUGCCAGCUCUGUCAGGGUUCAUAGCUUCAGCUGCAUUCCCACCAGGGGCCACUUGGUCCCAGGACUGCUGACCUUUGUAGUGCUUUUCAGUCAAGCACCAAAAUAGCAAUGAUUUUAAAAAGUCAUCAAAAGAAAAAAAAAGUUACUGAGUUUUUGGGUCUGAAUCUCUUACCAUAUUUCACAAAUCCAGAUAAUCUCAAAGGAAAAAGCCAUGAUCAUGUGCUGUUAGGAAGGUGACAGCUGUCCUGCAUCAGAUUUAAUACUACAUAAUUUGUAAGCUGUAAAUGAAACCUUCUGAUUUAAAAUCCCUUAACUCUUUUCAGAUUAGUGGUGUAGUUGUAUGUUGCUAACAGAGGCAAAGUUAGACUUGAUAAUCAUUGAAAUCAGUUUUAUAGCAGCCUGGGUCUUUUUUCCUAAGAGAAAAAUAAAUACAUAAAGAGGAAUAACCUUUUAGUUUUGCUACUUGUAAGAUGGAACUAUUUUACAAGAAGUGAAUAAAAGUACUGUUUUCUUAAAGAGUAGUUUAAAUGUGCUUUAAAGUGUGUGGGGGAGUGGAUAACCCCAAGAGAAAUGUACUGUAAAUAAAGAAUUUUAUUUGUUUAUA